CCAGCUACAGGCUAGAGAGCGGUGCGUGCAGUUCAGAGAGAGAGAGAGAGAGGGAGAGACUAUCCAGUGACCGACGCGCUCUGGCACCGCCGCCCCGCUUGAAGUUGAACACCGAGGGCACGGCGAGGCACAGACAACUUGCCCUUUGUAAAAAAAAAUAUUGGAAGAAAGGCGACUGGGGAAUCCAGCGGCCGCCGGCGUAUUGUAGUUUGAAGCGACACAGAUAACAACCGCGAGGACUCGUUGCUCAGAAAGGAAAGAGCGCAACUUUGAGGGAGGCGAGAUGAACACACCGGCCGCUGACAGCUAACUGGUGGAGGUGAGCGCGACUUCAUGAGAGGGGCAAGUGAGCAGAGACUGGAGUGAGUGAGUGAGUGAGUGAAUAACCGCCGGGCACACAGCGGCCAGAGUCACCGCACUUAUUGACCCCCUACCCUCCCCACCCAACAAAACCCCCCCAAGACAUUACUGCAAUGAACAGAUCAGGUCUGUGGAAGGCCAGCGUGGGACUGCUGUUCGUCUCUUGUGUAUUCCUGGGAAGCGCCGAGGGGAAUUUUGCAGAGCAUCACGUCCAUUCCAGCUUCAUUUACCGGCGUUUGCGGAACCACGAGAGGAGGGAGAUCCAGAGGGAGAUUCUGUCCAUCCUAGGGCUGCCUCACCGCCCGAGGCCCUUCUCGGUGGGCAAACACGGCUCGUCGGCGCCGCUCUUCAUGCUGGAUCUGUACAACGCCAUGUCCAGCGAGCAAGAGGCGGAGCGGGGAGCGGCCAGGGGUGCCUUGCCCUACCACGCCGCGCUCACCACACAGAGCCCAUCACUCGCCAGCCCGCACGACACCAACUUCCUCAACGACGCUGACAUGGUCAUGAGCUUCGUCAACCUAGUUGAAAGAGACAAGUAUUUUUCUCACCAGCGAAGGCACUACAAGGAAUUCAGAUUCGACCUCACGCAGAUUCCUGAAGGCGAGGCAGUAACGGCAGCAGAGUUCCGCAUUUACAAAGACCGAAGCAAUAGUAGAUAUGGAAACGACACCUUCCGGAUUACUAUAUACCAAGUUAUUAAAGAAUAUACUAAAAGGGAUGCCGACCUUUUUCUGUUGGACAGUAAGAAGAUUCGAGCAUCAGAGGGCGGAUGGCUUGUGUUUGACAUCACAGCUACCAGCAAUCACUGGGUACUGAACCCACAACAUAACCUGGGCUUGCAACUUUGUGUGGAAAUAAUGGACGGUCGGACCAUUAAUAUUCGAUCAGCUGGCCUAAUAGGAAGACAUGGACCACAGUCAAAGCAGCCGUUCAUGGUGGCCUUUUUCAAAGCCAGUGAGGUGUUACUCCGCUCUGUCCGGGCUGCCAAUGGCAAACGCAAAAACCAAAACCGUAACAAGUCCAGUGGCUCGCACGAUUCUUCACGAUUAUCCAGUCCUGGAGAUUACAACACCAGCGAGCAGAAACAAGCCUGCAAGAAGCAUGAACUCUAUGUCAGUUUCCGGGAUUUGGGAUGGCAGGACUGGAUCAUAGCGCCAGAAGGAUACGCUGCUUUCUACUGUGACGGUGAAUGUUCCUUUCCACUCAAUGCUCACAUGAAUGCCACGAACCACGCAAUUGUCCAAACACUGGUUCACUUGAUGUUCCCUGACAACGUCCCCAAACCUUGCUGUGCACCAACCAAGCUAAAUGCAAUCUCUGUGCUGUACUUUGAUGACAGUUCAAAUGUCAUAUUAAAGAAGUAUAGAAACAUGGUGGUAAGAUCGUGCGGUUGCCACUAACAUGAAUUGAAGUGGAAUGAGGAUCCAAUUAAAAAAAAGUCAAUCCCUAAACCAUCUUUAAGAUUUUUCCAAGUGACUCCAAAUUGGGUUUGAAGGUGCUUCAUGUACAGUAUUAUGUAUAUAGUACUCAUUGUGCUUAUAAUUUAUUUCCUUCAAUUUAACUACUUUGCUACAGGAAAAUAAAACAGAUGUUCUCAGCCCUUUCUGGCAGAGUGCAAGACAAAUGUGGUCGACUAAAUAUUUAUUCAGUAGAGCUGAGAACUGGUACAAUUCUAGACAAAGCUUUUCUAUAUGAUACAAACAUUGCAAAAAGGUGGUAAAUGGUUUAUUAACUUAUCUGAUUUCCUGCUAUAUAUAUUUUUAUUAAACAGAGGGAUUUAAAAAUA